AAGGAGGCAUGUGACCAGCCUAUGACCAGCCGCUAUGCAUGUGGUGCGACCGUUCGGCUGGUGGCAUUGCUAUGGCGUAUUCGUGUUGCGUUUUGCGAAGGUUUGCGGAAACGCAGUCCACCUAUUUCUCUUUGAGAAGAAAUUUUUCUCUCUGCCAUCGGGAAAAUGCGAAACUUGGCGUCUUUUUGCAUAAGCUCCUUGACAAAUCAAAGAAGCGACACCCGCAGCAGUAUGCAUAUGUGCUGCCCAACUCUGCUGUGCCAUCAGCACCUAAAAAGGUGCAGGAGCGCACUAGGAGGCAGCGAGUGCUGAACACUGUGUUCAUGGAGAGUCUGUCAAAUAUUAUGGUUACUGGGGCCAUAAGCGAAGAACUGAAAGGCUUUGCCAUUGAACUUACACAGGUUCGUGUGUCUGCUGACUGCACCCACUUGAAUGUUUAUUGGGUUACUGCACUUCAAGAGCCUGGUGUGGACAAAAAGAUUGCGGAAAUUCUCCAUUCAAGUGCUGGAUAUCUUAAGUCAGAAUUGAUCAAGAAUGGCUUCAUUGGCAAAGCUCCAAAAAUCACUUUUGUGAGAGAUGUUACACAUGGAAGAGCUGCUGAAGUGGAGCGACUUAUUGAAAAAGUUUGUGCUGGCUUGCCACCUGAUUUGGACAAUACAGCUAGUACAGACCUGCAAGCUUCUGGCAGUGAAGGUGCAAACACUGCAGACGAGAGCUUGCAAACUGGACCCUAUGUUCCUCCUGAAAUGAAGAUGGACAUUUAUGGAUUGGACCGUGCAGCCCUCAUGAGGCAGGUUCUGCUCAAGACCAAAGGGCAGAGUAGGACUCCUUUAGAGGAAUUGGCCCCCCUUAAGCCUGGUACCCACAACUCGGAGGAAGCACAAGUCAGAAUGUUGAGCCUUGCGGAAUAUGUGCGACAGAGGAAGCGGAAGAGUAAUUUGCAGGUUAAGGCUGAGCGAGAGGCACAGAGGAACUUGCAAAGCAUUCAACUGAGUCCAAGCAAUGAGCACCUGUCAUCUUGCACACCGAACUCGGUGGUGGACUCUGACGACAUAUAUGAUGAAGACGACCUUUGUAAUGUAUCAUUUUUAAAAGAGGAUUAAGAUUGAAAAAAAAAAUGCCUUCUUUGUCUUCUU